AUGUUUAUUCUUGCGUGCUCGCAACUGUUGAUGAUAAUUUUCCACGCUGCCAGUGGCUAUAACUACACGACUAAUUACAUCACUGUACCGGUUGAUCAUUUUAGUUACACCAAUAAUGAUACAUUUGAAUUAAAGUACCUUAUUAAUGACAAAUAUUGGGAUGUUAAUAAAGGUCCAAUAUUUUUUUAUACUGGUAACGAAGGACGAAUUGAAGAUUUUUGCGAUAAUACUGGCUUUAUGUGGGAAAUAUCAAGAGAGUUCGAGGCAUUGGUCGUGUUCGCCGAGCACCGUUACUAUGGCGAGUCCAUGCCCUACGGAACGAAUUCAUUCGAUGACAAAGAGAAGUUGGGCUAUCUGACUUCACAGCAAGCGAUGGCUGACUUCGUAGACCUGAUAAAGUAUCUGCGUGACGACUCGCUGAGUGUUGGCAAACGACCCAAUCCGGUAUUCGCUUUCGGUGGCUCGUACGGAGGAAUGUUGGCCGCUUGGUUCCGCAUCAAGUAUCCGGCCACUGUCGAAGGAGCUAUAGCUUCGUCAGCUCCGAUAUGGCAAUUUACUGGGAUGACACCGUGCAAUGAUUUCUACAAAGUGACGUCGUCGGUUUACAGAAAUGCCAGUGCCGAAUGUGGAUUGACUAUUUCAGCAUCUUGGAAAGCCAUCGAUAAGGUCACAGAAUCUGAUUCUGGGAAAACGUGGUUAACGGACAACUGGAAACUAUGUACACCAUUAAAGGACUCCGACGAUGUGGCACGCCUAAAAUAUUGGGCUACUGACGUGUAUGUGGCACUGGCCAUGGUUAACUAUCCUUACGAGGCUAAUUUUCUGGCCCCUUUGCCGGCAAAUCCGAUCAAGGAAGUCUGCAAGUCGAUGACGAAUCACACGGAAGACGACGAGACGCUCUUGAUGUCGGUGUUUCACGGUCUGAGCGUGUAUUUCAAUUACACCGGAUCGACCAAGUGUUUGAAUCUGUCGUCGGCGUUCUCGGAUGAUAUGAUGAACGGAUGGGAUUAUCAGGCCUGCACAGAAAUGAUAAUGCCAUUAUGUACUAACGGCGGCGAGGACGAUAUAUUCGAAGCCUACCCGUGGGAUUUCAAAAGCUACUCAGAGUACUGCGAAAAUCGAUACGACGUCAAACCGACCACAGACGACGUCGAAAAACAGUACGGAGGCAAAAAUCUGAAAGCCGCGUCCAAUAUCAUAUUCAGCAAUGGUUUAUUGGACCCGUGGUCCAGUGGAGGCGUGUUGAAGAGUCUCUCGUCGUCCAUCAAGGCGUUAUUGAUACCAGAUGGUGCGCAUCACUUGGACUUGAGGGCGUCACAUCCCAACGACACGUCAUCCGUGAUCCAUGCAAGGAAAACCAUUAAACACUGGAUAACAAAAUGGAUUUUCGAUUACAGAUAUAGGAAGUAG